AUGGUGGGGCCCGGGCUCUCUGCCGCCGCGGAAGAAAGGCAGAGGAAGCUCCAAGAGUACCUAGCAGCCAAGGGGAAACUGAAGAGCCAAAACUCCAAGCCUUACCUGAAAGCCAAGAAUAAUUGCCCAAAUCCUCCUCCUUCUGAAUCUGCUAUUAGACCCAAAAAGGAAGUUACCAACCAUGCUGCUUUGCUUGUCAAACCUGCAAGGCCUGUCAACACUAAACAUCAGCCCAGACCUGCCAAUAUUACAGGAUCCCAGAAGCCAAAGAUGGAACCAACAAAGUCUCUGGGCAAAAGGCUGACUUUAGGAUGUGUUUCUUCUAACCCAAACUGUAAGCCUUCUAGCAGCAGUCAACAGAAGCAUGAAGCUGGACCAUCCACGAGUACACAACGGUCAAAGAAAACCAGGGGGUCACUUAAUGUAACAGAAUUUAAAACUAUAAAGCUACAGGUAAUAAAUCAAGAAAAUGCUAAAUUCACAGACUCUGUGGACAAUACCCAUGUUGAAAAUAAAUCUUCAGAAAGCUUUCUGAAAGAGGUGAUCAAAGAGAAUUUGCCACAAACUUUAUCAGACUCUGAGAGUAAGCUAAAUCCUGAAUUAUGGACCAUAAAUAAGUCAAAAACUAACUCUUACAAUCCAGCCAAGAACAAUUUGGGUCCUAAACAAGUUUUGAGCAAAAGUUCAAUGAACAGUACUGUUCUAAAAGACAGAGUUAAUAAACAAUUUGUUGGGGAAAGACAGAUCAGAGUUCCACCAAUAAAAUCACAGCAACUCUCUAGAGUUGCAGAUCUUGCAAGACCAGGAGAAAAACCCCCAAAAACAGUCCCCUCUCACUUUGUUCAGACUGUUAGUAGGACUCAAGCAUCAAAGAAGCCAGCAGUCAAGGACAUAAAAAAUAUAAAAGUUAAUAGGGGUAAAUAUGAAAGUACAAAUGAAAAGUUGAGGUCUUACACUGUUACUGAACAGAAAGUAAAACAUACCAAACCCAGGACAUACCCUAGUCUGCUUCGGGAAGGAUUAAACAACAGACAUACCAACAUUAAACAAGAUCAGAAGCCCAUACAAACUUGUUUUAAAUCUCGGACAUCAUGUGUACAAAAACCAAAAGCCAUGAGUCAAAGACCUAAACUGACAGUUGGCAACUUUAAUUCAAUUAUUCCAAGCACCCCUAGUAUAAGAGCAAGUGGAGCCAAUGGGAAUAAAAGCAGUAACAGCUAUCAACAAAAAGCACAAACGCUGGACUCCAGAUUGAAAAGAAAUAUUCCCCAGAACUAUUUUCUGAACAAGACUGCUCCCAAAACUCAAGCUGGUAAUAUAGCCAUAUGUGGAAGGAGAAUCCCAAAUGGGACUCAAGCUAAUACAAAUAUUACAAAGAAGACGACAGCAGAGGACCGCAGGAAACAGUUGGAAGAAUGGCAGAAAUCUAAGGGCAAAAUCUAUAAACGACCACCUAUGGAACUUAAAACAAAAAGAAAAAUAAUAGAGGAAAUGAAUAUUUCAUUCUGGAAGAGCAUGGAAAAAGAAGAGGAAGAAAAGAAAGCACAACUGGAAUUGUCCAAUAAAAUUAACAACACACUGACAGAAUGUCUGCAUCUCAUUGAAAGGGGUGUACUUUCUAAUGAAAUAUUUACUGUAUUGUCCAGUAUUCCAGAAGCUGAAAAAUUUGCUAAAUUCUGGAUCUGCAAAGCAAAGUUGUUGGCAAGUAAAGGCUCCUUUGAUGUUAUUGGUCUUUAUGAAGAAGCCAUUAAAAAUGGAGCAACACCAAUACAAGAGUUACGGGAAUUUGUCCUAAAUGUUUUGCAAGACCCAGACAGACCCACAGGAGGAAUUACCUCUAAUUCCUUAGUUGCUGAAACUAAUAUAAUAUUAACAGAAGAGCUGUCCAAGAAGAUGGAGCCUGGAAAGUGUUGCCUUCCUCAAAAAGAAAGGGAAGAGUUUACAGCAACACCCCAAAUAACCAAGGGAGAACAGGAUAAUCAUGCUGGCAUCAAAUUACAGGUUGCCCAAAUCCCUAGAAUUAAUGGGAUGCCGGAAGUGCAAGACAUGAAGCUUAUCACUCCUGUGCGACGUUCAGCAAGGAUCGAGCGAGCUGUGUCCCGAUACCCGGAGAUGCUACAGGAGCACGACUUGGUGGUGGCUUCUCUCAAUGAGCUAUUAGAAGUGGAAGACACAGAGUGUUUUAUAUUCCGUAAAAAUGAAGCUUUGCCCGUAACAUUAGGGUUUCAAAUACUUGAGUCCUAA